AUGAACAAGCUUGGUUUCAUCGGAAUCAUGAGAUUUACAAUUAUUCUCACCCUUCUCACCUUCUUUGCAUUUUCUUUCUCGCAUGGAUCCAGUACCACCACUAAUAAGCACUACAUAGUAUACAUGGGAGAGCACUCGUACCCGGAUUCAGAUUCUGUGAUUAGAGCCAACCACGAGAUGCUUUCUUCAGUGAUUGGCAGUAUUGACGGAGCACAACAGGCAGUAAUUCACCAUUAUACCAAGAGCUUCAGGGGUUUUUCUGCCAUGCUCACGCCAGAACAAUUAAAGAAACUUUCUGAGAUUGAAUCAGUUGUUUCCAUUUUCGAGAGCCGGACAUAUCAUCUUCAGACCACGCAUUCUUGGGAAUUCUUGGGAGUCGAUUCUAUUUACCAAUACAACCAAUUGCCCAUUGACGUGAAGUCGGAUAUUAUCAUUGGUGUCAUUGACACUGGAAUUUGGCCUGAAUCAGAGAGCUUCAAUGAUAGAGGCUUAGGGCCUGUUCCCAAGAGAUUUAUGGGAAAAUGUGUCACUGGUGAUCAUUUUACAUUGGCAAACUGUAACAGUAAAGUUGUAGGUGCUCGGUAUUACUUGAAAGGACUUGAGGCAGAAUAUGGGCCUCUUGAAUCUUUAAAUUCUACUUUCUUCCGGUCAGCUCGUGGCACCCACACCGCAUCCAUAGUGGCUGGAUCCAUGGUGAGAAAUGCCAGCUUGUAUGGAAUUGCCGGAGGUGUUGCGAGGGGAGGUGCGCCUAGCGCUAGGCUUGCCGUCUACAAAGUUUGCUGGGGGACCUUGGGGCUAUGUUCCGACGCUGACGUCCUUUCAGCCUUUGAUGAUUCCAUCAAUGAUGGCGUUGAUAUAAUCUCUAUCUCACUUGGCGGGAUACCUUUCGUUAGCUACUUUGAUGAUGCCAACUCCAUUGGAGCUUUCCAUGCAUUCAGGAAAGGAAUUUUGGUCUCAGCCGCAGCUGGAAAUUUUUUCUUCCCUGGAACAGUGGGAAAUGCCGCGCCUUGGAUUCUCACUGUCGCUGCGAGCUCUGUGGAUCGAGAAUUCAUCUCCGAUGUUCAUCUUGGUAACUCAAAAAUUCUCAAGAGUUACUCGUUAAACCCAUUUAAGAUGGAUGGGUUUUAUGGUGUGAUAAACGCGAGUGAUGCAGCUGCUCCCGGUGUUCCUUCUACCAAUGCUAGCUUCUGUGAGGAGGAGAGUCUUGACCACACGUUGAUUAAGGGAAAGAUAGUGGUGUGCGUGCGUAAUAGUACAAGAACAGAUAUAUCAGGGGAAACCAUACGACGGGGCGGUGGUGUCGGGAUGAUACUCGUCGAUUCAUUUCCCAAGGAAAUACUCAGACAGUUCGAAAUCCCAAGCAUUCAAAUUAAUGUUAAACAAUCACAAUUACUUCAAUCAUAUCUGGCUACGGAUAGGAAACCAAUUGCCAAAAUCUCUCCCACAAGAACGGUUCUGAAAACAAGACCUGCACCAGUGGUGGCUCCAUUUUCUUCAAAGGGCCCAAAUUUACUUGCACCUAGCAUAAUAAAACCCGAUAUUGCAGCACCAGGGGUCAAUAUAUUGGCAGCGUUGUCUCCCGUAGCAACUGCUCUAACGGCUGGACGAUCUGUUGAUUACAAUAUAAUCUCAGGCACCUCCAUGGCCUGCCCACAUGUCUCAGCCAUUGCUGCUAUCAUCAAAUCUGUCCACCCUUCGUGGAGUCCAGCAGCCAUACAAUCUGCAAUCAUGACAACAGCUACACUACAUGACAAUACUCAAAAACCCAUAAUCAGUAGCCUACAGGAAUCUGUGUCGACACCUUUCGAUUAUGGAUCUGGGCAUGUAAAUCCAAUUGCAGCAUUGGAUCCUGGGCUGGUUUACGAUUUUGAUUCCAAUGAUAUUAUUGAUUUUCUUUGUAGUCUCAACUAUGCAGCUACAGAAAUGCUGGGACUCACAGGGAAGAUAGUUUUUUGUAAAAACCCACCAAUUCCCUCUUACAAUCUCAAUUAUCCCUCAAUUGGUGUGGCAACAUUCAUGAAUGGAAGCAUCUCCGUUAAUCGAACAGUCACUUACUACGGUGAAGGUCCAACAGUUUAUGUUGCCUCUGUGAAGCAGCCAAGAGGCGUGAAUGUUGUGAUCCGUCCUAAUAAACUUAAAUUUAGUAAAGCUGGUAAGAAGAAGUCUUUCGUGGUAGAUUUCAAACCCAACAAGGAUACUAAUGGCAGCUUUGUGUUUGGGGAAUUGAUGUGGAGCAACAAUGUCCAUUGGGUUAGGAGUCCCAUUGGGCUUUUUUUGUUCUCAGAGUACUACUUUCCUGGAACAGCAUCGAAUGUAGCUCCUUGGAUUCUCACAGUAGUUGCUGCCAGCACUGUGGGUCGAGAAUUCAGUAAAGUGGCCACUCUCGGGAAUUCAUCAGAAAUCACCAAAGGUUACUCGUUGAACCCACUGAAGAUGGACGUACGGAUUUCAUGGCGUACACGUAAUAGCUGGGAAUGCUGCAGCUGCUCCUGGUCUGGUGUUCCAGCAAAGAAUGCAAGGUGGGAUGUAAUGGUGCAACAACUAAACAACUCAUGGUGCUCACAGGGAAGAAUAUCACUUGCAAAGUACCAUCGAUUCCCUCCUACAAUCUCAACUAGUCCAUCGAUUGGUGUAGCAAAUAUAAAUGGAAGCGUCUCAAUUACUCGAACAGUGACUUACUAUGGUCCAACAGUUUAUUUUGCCCAUAUACAGAAGCCAAGAGGUGUGGGAGUUGUUGUUAGACCUCAAGCACUCACCUUUGGUUAUGUUGGUGAAAGCAAGAUCAGCACUUCUACUAGUAUUAGCUUCCCUUUCUUUCUCUUGUUUGAUGAUUCUACCCCUUCAAUUGAAAUAAUGAGAGUUGCCAUAGUUAUCCUUCUUACGUUCGUUGGGUUUUUUCUGACACAUGGAUCCAGCACCACCACCUUCAAGCACUAUAUAGUUUACAUGGGUGAUCAUUCACACCCGGACUCGGACUCUGUGAUCAGGGCCAACCAUGACUUGCUCGCUUCAGUUAUCGGCUGCAGUAUUGAUGAGGCACAACGGGCAGCAGUUCACCAUUACACUAAGAGCUUCAAAGGUUUCUCUGCCAUGCUUACCGCAGAACAAGCACAGCAACUUUCUGAGGAUGAAUCAGUUAUUUCUGUCUUCGAAAGUAGCACAGCUCGAGCCCAAACCACACAUUCAUGGGAAUUUUUAGGAAUUGAUUCUAUUUAUCAGUAUAACCGAUUGCCUAUUGACACCAAAUCUGAUAUAAUAAUAGGUGUCGUCGACACUGGAAUUUGGCCUGAAUCGAAGAGCUUCAGUGACAAAGGAUUAGGACCUGUACCCAAGAGAUUCAAGGGAGAGUGUGUUACUGGUGAAAAUUUUACAGAGUCCAAUUGCAACAGGAAAAUAAUAGGUGCCCGGUACUAUUCGAAAGGAUUUGAAGCACAAAACGGACCUCUUGAAUCUUUCGACCAACCUUUCUAUCGGUCAGCUCGUGAUGCCGAUGGGCAUGGCACCCACACUGCCUCUACAGCUUCUGGAUCGGUGGUGCGAAAUGUUAGCUUGUAUGGGAAGAUAGCCUCAGGCGUUGCCAGGGGAGGUGCCCCCAGCGCUAGGCUGGCCAUAUACAAAGCACUCUGGUUCAAUAGUGCUGACGCAGCAGACGUUCUUUUGGCAAUAGAUGAUGCCAUUAAUGAUGGCGUCGACAUCAUCUCUCUCUCACUUAGCUUUCCAGCUUCCACCUACUUCGAAGAUCCGGUCUCUAUCGGAGGUUUCCAUGCAUUCAGGAAAGGGAUUCUUGUUUCAGCGUCAGCUGGAAACAACUAUUUACCUGGAACUGUUGCCAAUGUGGCCCCAUGGAUCCUCACUGUUGCAGCGAGCUCCAUUGAUAGAGAUUUCAGCUCUAACGUGUAUCUUGGAAAUUCAAAGAUGUUAAAGGGUUACUCGUUAAACCCAUUGAAGAUGGAUGGGUUUUAUGGUGUGAUAAAUGCGAGCUUUUGUGAGAAGGAGAGUCUUAACCACACGUUGAUUAAAGGAAAGAUCGUGGUGUGCUACGAUAUGGAUUCCACGACAGUGGAAAGCAUAAAACGGGGUGGCGGUGUCGGGAUGAUACUCGUCAAAUCAUUUCCCAAGGAAAUACUCAGACAGUUCGAAAUCCCAGGCACUCAAAUUAGUCUUGAACAAUCACAACUGUUUCAAUCAUAUCUGUCUACGGAUAAGAAACCAAUUGCGAAAAUCUCUCGUACAGUAACAGUUCUGAAAACAAGGCCAGCACCAGUGGUAGCUUCGUUUUCUUCGAAGGGACCAAAUAAAAUAGCGCCUAGCAUAAUUAAACCAGAUAUUACAGCACCAGGAGUAAAUAUAUUGGCAGCUUGGUCUCCUGUGGCAACUGCUGAAACAGCUGGGCGACCUGUUGACUACAAUAUAAUCUCAGGGACCUCCAUGGCCUGCCCACAUGUCUCAGCUAUUGCUGCUAUCAUCAAAUCUGUCCACCCUUCUUGGAGUCCAGCUGCCAUACAAUCUGCAAUCAUGACAACAGCUACGGUACUUGACAAUACUCAAAAACCCAUGUUAAGCAGCCUAAAGGAAUCUGUGUCAACGCCUUUUGACUUUGGAUCUGGACACGUUAAUCCAAUUGCAGCACUUGAUCCCGGGCUAGUUUAUGAUUUUGAUUCCAACGAUGCUUACGAUUUUAUCUGCAGUAACAAUGCCACACUUGGAGAGCGGUUGGGGUUGACAGGGAAGGCUGUUCCUUGUAAAACCCCACCAAUCCCAAUCUACAAUCUCAAUUAUCCUUCAAUUGGUGUAACAAACAUGACGGGAAGCCUCUCUGUAAAUCGAACAGUCACUUACUACGGUGAAGGCCCAACUGUUUAUGUUGCAUCUGUAAAGCAGCCAAUGGGCGUGAACGUUAUGAUCCGUCCUAAUAAGAUCAGAUUCAGCAAAGUUGGUGAGAAGAAGUCUUUCAUGGUAGAAUUCAAGCCCUACAAGGAUACUAAUGGCAGCUUUGUGUUUGGGGAGUUGAUAUGGAGCAACUUAAACGGACUCCAUAGGGUUAGGAGUCCCAUUGCACUUCAUGUGCUCUCAGUCUAGCUGCCUAUAUAUAGCCUAUGGCUAGCUGCUUGUACAUAAUACUUAAUUUAAGCUAUGUGUAGUGUACGUAUUCCAUCUCCAAAUUCAUAUUAUGUACCAGUAAAGCACAUGUGCUAUAUGUUUCGUUUAGUAAUAAGAGGUCUUUUGGAUCUCAUCUGGGGUGGUGCUUGUACCAUUUUGCCUCUCCAUUGAGAUGGCUAGAAGCUAGCUAUGGGGACACGCUCCUCAGUUUCUUCUGAAAUUCAAAAACAACUGCGUCGCUUUGCUCUACA